AAAGGGAAAUUGGCAAUGGCAUCAUCAUCUUCUGCUGCUGCAAACCAGAGCCCAAUGCCCAAGAAAGAAGCAGCCCGUACUUAUCUUCCAUACCCUCCUCCUCUUGCCAAAUAUGAGGAUGUUGUGAUAAACCCAAAGCUUUUUUUGGACACUUUGGAGAAGCUCCAUGCUACUAUGGGAACUAAGUUCAUGAUCCCUAUUAUAGGGGGGAAGGACCUAGACUUGCAUCGGCUUUUUGUGGAGGUCACUACUCGUGGUGGUAUUGAGAAGAUACUCAAAGAAAGAAGAUGGAAGGAAGUGACUGCUGUUUUCAGUUUUCCCUCCACAGCUACAAAUGCUUCUUUCGUGCUGCGUAAAUACUAUGGGACAUUGCUUCACCACUAUGAGCAAAUUUACUUUUUUAAGGCCAAGGGUUGGAGUCCAUCUGUUGAUCCUUCCCAGAGUCAGUCUUCUCCACCUGUUCCACCUCGGGCUUUGGCUGAACCAGUGCUGCCAAGCCCGCCAAUGACUGAAUUUCUGGAAGCUGGAUUGCAGCCGCUGAGAACUAAUGUGGCAGAAUUUUCGCAUGGAGAAACUUCAGCGCCGCCAUCAACAGGAACUCCAGCGAUUGGUGUCAUUGAUGGGAAAUUUGAGACUGGGUAUCUUGUUACUGUCAGAAUUGGCUCAGAGCUGCUAAAAGGAGUACUUUAUAUGGUUCCGCAGAACCCAGGAAGCCAAGUGCCACAACAUCAAAAUGCAUCUGCUAGCAAUAAUGACAAUAAUACCCCCGCAGCAUCAGGCAUGUCUCGUCGCAGGCGUAGGAAGAAAUCUGAGAUGAAAAAGAGGGAUCCUGCUCAUCCCAAACCCAACAGAAGCGGAUAUAAUUUUUUCUUUGCAGAGCAACAUGCUCGGUUGAAACCACUUCAUCCGGGGAAGGACAGAGAGAUCAGCAGGAUGAUUGGUGAAUUGUGGACAAAAAUGAAAGAACCUGAAAAAGCAGUUUAUCAGGAUAGAGCUGUGAAGGACAAAGAAAGAUACAGAACAGAGAUGGAAGAUUACAGGGAGAGAUUAAGGACAGGCCAAAUCAUAAGCAACGCGGUGCCAAUACAGCAACGAUCUCCCGUGCCACAUUUGCACAUAUUGGAAAGUAGUGAGAAAAUUGUAACUGAAGGUGGGGAGUCUCCUCAAACUCCAGAAAAUGAGAUUAGCAGUAAGAGUGACUCAGAAGAUAAAAGUGCAGAUAAGGACUCAGAUGAUGCGGAGACAUCUCCAGGAGUGGAAUUCGGUGCUGAAAACAUGGGCAUGGAAGAUUUAGUUGACAAAGAAGGUUUUGAGCUGCACCCAAAUAAGAAAAGGGCAGUCAACAAAGCUGGAGACGAGAGCUUGGAAAACUCAAAUGAUAUUGUUAUGCAAGAGACCAAGAAGGACUCGGUAGCUGUGGAAGAGAAAGGAUCAAUGCCUUCUGAAGGGAAAGAACCAUUGCCUAGCGAUGAACAGAGAGGUUCGGUUUCUAGUGAAGCAAAAGAAGCAGUGCAUAGUGAAGAUCAGUAAGUGUUUUUUCUAUGGUGUAGGAGGCUAGCCUCUAUAGGUCAUCAUCAUACCUUGUUUGAGCAUAGUUGGAUUUAGAUAUAUGCUAGUAGUAUGUGGUUUUAUUGAUUUCUUUGCAGAUGUUUGUUUAUCGUGUUUGUACAAUCAUGGUGCUGUGUUAGAUUAUAUGGUGUUCCUAGCUUUGCCAACUUUGGACAAUUUUGUAAUGCUGUGUUGGUAGAUAUGAUUUUGGAUUGAAGUGACGUUCUGAGGCACAAUGCUGCCCCAACUUUUAUCAGUGAGUUUUCUCUGUUGCAUUGUGCAUUUUGACCUUUUGGUGGAGAUGUGUUGAGGUGCAAAUUUGGUUUU